CUAUUUGCGACGACGAAUGGAUCGACGGCUCGUUUGUUUUUUCGUCUUCCCUUCCUCGCUGUCGUGUUUUUGAGAGAGAGAGAGAGAGUCCGUCGAUCGCUUCGUUGGAUCGAUUUCUCGAUCGACGGGGAGAUCGCGCCGAAGGGCGUGAUGCGGCUGCCGGUGUCCGAUCCCUCGCCGCCGCCGCCGUCGUCGCUGCGGGGCAGCGAUGACAACGCGCCCCUCUUCAAGGGGUCCGGCAUGACCAGGCGAGGCGCCUUCGCCGCCGUCUCCUACAUGGCCUGCGCGGUGCUUCUGGUUUUAUUCAACAAAGCAGCUCUAUCUUCAUACAAUUUCCCCUGUGCUAAUGUUAUUACACUUUUCCAGAUGAUUAGUUCAACUUGCAUUCUUUAUGCAAUGAGGCGCUGGAGGAUUAUUUCUUUCACAAAUGGUGAACCACAUAAAGGAAGUUUUGUGCCACUUGAAACCAUAUUUCAUACGCUUCCCCUUUCCAUAGCAUACUUGCUUUACAUGUUGGCUACUAUGGAGUCUGUACGUGGAGUAAAUGUUCCAAUGUAUACCACCCUUAGGCGUACAACCGUCAUGUUUACGAUGAUUGUAGAGUAUCUACUUACAAGGCAAAAAUACACGCAUCCUGUUGUUGGCAGUGUUGCAUUGAUUGUUCUUGGAGCUUUUGUUGCUGGAGCUCGAGACUUAUCAUUUGAUGCUUAUGGCUAUGGCAUGGUGUUCAUUGCUAACAUGACAACUGCAAUUUAUUUGGCAACCAUAAACCGUGUUGGAAAAUCAAGUGGUCUCAACAGCUUUGGUCUCAUGUGGUGUAAUGGAAUUGUUUGUGGACCAAUUUUGUUAUUCUGGACAUAUAUUCGUGGCGAUUUGGAGCUUACUAUGAAUUUUCCCUAUCUGCAUUCUCUUGGAUUUCAGGUUGUGAUGAUAUUUUCCUGCAUAUUGGCAUUUUUCUUGAACUACUGCAUUUUCUUGAACACAACCUUGAACUCUGCACUGACACAGACAAUGUGUGGCAAUCUGAAGGAUCUAUUUACCGUUGGACUAGGCUGGUUGUUGUUCGGGGGACUUCCUUUCGACGUGUUGAAUAUUAUCGGCCAAGUUCUUGGUUUCGUGGGCUCCGGUUUCUACGCAUACUGCAAGAUCAAGGGGAAGUAGCAUUUCAUCAGCUAAAAUCUUGUGAAUGCAAAGCCAUUAAUGGCUCCCAUCCAGAUGGAUUCCCAAAGAUCUAACGAGAUUCACAUUACAGCAGCUCGAGUGCCAUUAACUGUUCACAUCAAAUUUUGGUUGCAUCUAUUCAACUUUUUGUGUAUGAUAUCUACGCCUUCUGAUACAAUCGAUAUUUUAUGUUUUAGAAAUAGAACAUUGGAUAUUGAGGAUGCCAUUAUUUAUGUAGGCACCCUCUACGGUUUGUUGUCUUGUAAGCUCUCAAUUGUAUGUGAUUCCAACAAGAUUUAAUGUA